ACUAAAGAAGUAGAAUAAAUUAGUGCACUUUGUUCUUUUGAAAAGAUUGUUGUUUUUGUUAUUUUUUGUGGUUUCAGAAAUGGAGGCUUUGGGUGGAGGCCUUGGCGGGCUCUGGAACUCAAACCAUCCGCUCAGAAAAAGACCCAAAAAACCCGAUUCCAAAUCCAAAUCCAAAUCCUCCGAUUCCGCAGCUGCAACUGGCAGAGCCGGUUACCAGUUUCCAUUGAAGCAAGCCGUCACGGCUGGCUCGCUCGCUUUCGCCGGCGACACCAUCGCUCAGCUCAGGGAGCGGUGGACUAAGCGAGAGCCUUUGAACUUUGAAUCCAAUGCUCUCACUAAGGAUGUAAUGUGGACCCUCCUUUCAGACCAUGACUGGAUCCGUGCUCUGCGGAUGACUUCCUAUGGGUUUCUUUUCUAUGGCCCUGGUUCUUAUGCAUGGUACCAGUAUCUUGAUUAUGCUUUGCCCAAGCAAACGGUGGAGAACCUAAUACUGAAGAUUGUAUUAAACCAAAUUGUGCUUGGUCCAACUGUGAUUGCUGUUGUUUUUGCAUGGAACAACUUAUGGCAAGGGAAGCUCUCACAGCUUCCAGAAAAAUACCAGAAAGAUGCUCUUCCUACAUUACUUUUUGGAUUUAGAUUCUGGAUCCCUGUCAGUGCAUUGAAUUUCGGGGUAGUGCCUCUUCAAGCCCGUGUGGCUUUCAUGUGCUUGGGCUCAAUAUUCUGGAACUUCUGGUUGUCUUCGACCAUGAGCAAGUAAUUCAUACAUACAAGAGUUUAAUUAAUGAUUUAUUAUCAGAAGGAAUUUGGACCAUCAGGUCAAUUUUUGACCUGAAAUCUGUUCUCGCAGAAAGCAUGUGAAUUGGAAGCAGUGGUUUUAAUCCUUCUCCAUUUUCAUUUGCUACAAAUUUUAAAUUAAAGUUUUUUAAACAAUUCUGUCCUAGCGAAUUUGUGAACCUCUAGAUCUUCAGGAUAGGCUUCUGCUUGUGAUUGUGAGUACAUUAACUAAAAUAUAUAGAAGUGGCAAUAUGGUGUUCCCAUUUU